AUGUCGGUGCCCGCAGUGCAGGCCGAUAUACUAGUGAUCGACAGCAAAACCACCGGCUCGUUGACAUCGUCCGACGAUAAACUAGGCCAAGGCCACUUCACAAGCGAGCCGACGACAUCUGAAGAACACCUGGUCUUGAGGAGAAAGAACCCAUUCCUAGACCCGCGGAAAGCCGCCCAUUGGAAGCAGGUAUACGACGAGGCGGACUACGAAUGCCGACAUGUCUUCGAUCCCGACCUGGAGUGGACUGAAGAGGAAGAACGGAGAAUCGUCCGCAGACUGGACUGGCGUGUCUGUCUAUGGGCUUGUGUUAUGUUCUUUGGCCUGCAAGUGGACCGGAACAAUCUGGUCCAGGUAGUCUCGGACACUUUCCUCGAUGACCUGGGCUUGUCAACAAACGACUAUAACUAUGGAAACACGACUUUCCUCGUGGCCUUCCUCGUGGCAGAGCUACCUUCUCAGCUCAUAUCGAAGAAGGUCGGACCCGACCGCUGGAUCCCUGUGCAGAUUUGUCUCUGGUCCAUCGUCGCAGGACUGCAGUGCUUCAUCUCGGGACCCGGGAGCUUCCUAGUUACUCGAGCUCUUCUGGGGCUUCUUGAGGGCGGCUUCAUUCCAGACCUUGUACUGUGGCUGAGUUACUUCUAUACCUCGAGAGAACUCCCAAUCCGCUUGAGCUACUUCUGGACAACCUUGUCAGCGACUGGUGUGGUUGCGUCGCUCCUAGCAUUCGCCUUACUACGUUUACGUGGUGUCGCAGGCUGGGAGGGUUGGCGUUGGCUCUUCCUGAUUGAGGGCUUGAUCACACUUGCUGUCGGCGUCGCAUCCUUCUUCAUGAUGCCGGCAUCCGCCGUACAGACGAAAACCUGGUUCCGCCCAAACGGCUGGUUCACAGACAGAGAAAUGGCAAUCGUGGUCAACCGUGUGCUGCGCGACGAUCCGUCCAAGGGCGACAUGCAUAACCGUCAAGCGAUCACUCCGAAGCGUCUCUGGAACUCGCUGAAGGACUACGACCUGUGGCCGCUGUAUAUUCUCGGCCUUAUUUGCUACAUCCCACAGAGCCCACCGACGAAGUAUAUCACUCUCACAUUGAAGGCCGCGGGUUUCGACAAGUUUACGACGAAUCUGCUAACUAUACCAUUUAACGUUUUCCACAUUGUGACCCUGGUCUUGAUCACUCGCCUGUCGGACGUACUCAACGAGAAAACAUUCGUGUCUAUGAUCCAGAACCUGUGGUGUCUUCCAUGUCUCGCGGCCUUGCGGUGGUGGCCAGGCGUCUCGGUCGAUGCGUGGGGUACUUAUGCAGCCGUGACCGUUCUGCUUAGCUACCCCUAUUGCCACGCGAUCCUGGUUGCUUGGACAUCCAGGAACUCCAAUAAUGUUGGGACACGCUCGGUCUCUGCGGCUGUCUACAACAUGGCGGUUCAAACCGGCAACGUCAUCGCUAAUUUCAUAUACGAGGACGACGAUAAGCCCCUCUACCACAGAGGCAACACCGCCUUGUUUGCGAUCAACGUGCUGGCAAUUGCGCUAUUCUUGCUCACCAAGGCAUACUACGUCUGGAGAAACAAGCAGCGCGACAAGAUCUGGAACGCCAUGACGGAGCAGGAGAGGACUGAUUACAUCGCCAACACUACUUUGGUGGGCAGUCGGAGGCUGGACUUUCGGUUUGCUCAUUGA